AUGGGAAUAAUAUGUUCGAUCUUCUCAAAGCUAAAGCCAAAGUUACAUAAUAACGAAGCCAUACUAAAAGGUGCAAACUCUCCUCCUCUUUUACAUGAUACGGCUUCGUCUCCUCAGCUCAAAGAUGACGUUUCCUUGAAGCACAAGACAGAGAAGAACUUGAUAGAGGAAGAUGAGGGUAAAGCGACGAAAAACAGUUUCAUGUUGUACGCGAGAGAGCUCUCAAUAACUUGGGCAGGGUCUCAGUCAAAUAAAUACUGGAGUUGGUUCUCUGAUCCUGACCAAACAUUAAGUGAUGUAAUAAUUGAGGUUGCAAAGACGGAACGAGUAGCUUGGUUAGAAGUGGUUGGAAAAUUUGAGGCAGAGAAAUUAACUCCCAACAGUCUGUACGAGGUUGCCUUUGUGGUUAAGCUACUAGAUUCUGCGAAAGGAUGGGGAUAUCGGGUUAACUUCAAACUGGUUUUGCCUACCAGAGAAACCAAAGAGCGGCGAGAAAAUAUGAAUAUGUUAGAGAAGAACCGGUGGGUGGAGAUUCCCGCUGGUGAGUUCAGGACGUCGCCAGAACCAGUCUCCGGCAAGAUUGAGUUUUCAAUGUUUGAGGUUAAAAGUGGUCAGUGGAAGUCUGGUCUGACUGUGAAAGGUGUUGCUAUUAGACCCAAGAAUUGAAAAUCAGAACU